CACUACCCACAAUGCCUUGGUGAAAGAGGAGUCCCCCUACCCAGCAGCCCUGCGCCCUGACAUCCAGCUCCUCCCCCAGCAGGCUGGCAUGGCCGCCAUCUUGGCUACAGCCGUUGUCAACAAGGACAUCUUCCCGUGUAAGGACUGUGGUAUCUGGUACCGGAGUGAGAGGAACUUGCAGGCUCAUCUCAUGUACUACUGCGCCAGCCGGCAGAAACCGGCCACGCCCACCGCGUCGCAGUCCCCGCCCCAAGACAAGACCAAGGAGACCUACCCCAACGAGCGCCUCUGCCCUUUCCCACAAUGCAACAAGAGCUGUCCCAGCGCCAGCUCGCUGGAGAUCCACAUGCGCACGCACAGCGGUGAGCGGCCGUUCAUCUGCCUGGUGUGCCUGUCGGCCUUCACCACCAAGGCCAACUGCGAGCGUCACCUGAAGGUCCACACCGACGGCCUGAACGGCGUGUGCCACGGCUGUGGCUUCAUCUCCACCACCAGGGACAUCCUCUACAGCCACCUGGUCACCUGCCACAUGGUCUGCCAGCCGGGCUCCCGCAGCGAGGUGUACUCCCCCGGGCCCGGCCUGCCCAAGCUGCCUCUGGCCCCAGGCCUCAGUCCCGGAGACUCGGGAGUGGUCCUCAAGUGCCAGGUGUGCGGCCACAACGCCGACAGCCCCGCCCAGCUCCACCAGCACGUUCGCACCCACCUGGAGGUGCGCGUCCCGGCCGAGAGGAGCCCCACCCCGCGCCAGGGCAACCCUCCCUCCGCCGAGCGGCCCCAGGACCGGGAGCCCCCCGCCUGCGUCCCCCGGCCCGACUCGUCCAGCCCGGGGGCCGACGGCAGCUCCGCCACCCCCCGGGGACACAGCCCCCCGGAGGCCCCGCCGGGCCGCCUGCAGAUCAAGGAGGAGCCCGACUCGGAGACGGAGGCGCCGGGGAUGGAGGUGCAGGAGCAGGGGGAGGCGGAGGAGAGGGAGGAGACGGAGGAGGGAUGGGAGGGGAGGAGGCGGGGCCACGCGGCGCCCACGUCUCGAACCUCGACCCCGCCCAGAAGCCCCCCUGCCGUGGCCGUCAAGGCUGAGCCUGCCAGCCCCACCCCCGGCUCCAGCCCCGCCCACCCGGGGGCGGGGCCAGUGUUGCCGGGGGGCGCCGUCUUCCUGCCCCAGUACCUGUUCAGCCCCGAGGCGGCCAUCUUGCCACAGGCCUCGGAGAUCCUCGCCAAGAUGUCGGAGAUGGUCCACAGCCGUCUGAAGCAGGGCCAGGCCGUCACGCCCAACCCGCCGCCCGCCUUCUACCCAGCGGGCACCGCGGCUGCCCCCGCACCCCCCCACAAGGGGGCCACCUGCUUCGAGUGCGACAUCACCUUCAACAACAUCAACAACUUCUACGUUCACAAGAGGCUUUACUGUUCCAGCAGGCACCAGCAGACAGACUCCUCCGCCCCCGGUCCGGCCCCGGCCUCGACCCCGACCCCGGCCCCUUGCCCUGCCCCAGGCUCUGGGAGAGAGGACCCCCAGGCUCCAGUGCCGUCGGGGGCCCACAGAGCCUCCUCGUCGCCCCAGGGAGGAGCAGGGGCGUCUGGCCGCGUGGGGUCCGUCUCCCCCUCGGGCUCGGAUCCCGCUCCGGGGAGCACGGCGGUCGGCGAGGUGAAGGCCGAGCCUGCGGGCGGGAAGGAGGGGGGUUCCUCGUCCUCCGAGGGGGAGGGGGGCCAGGCCAGCGAGGGCAGUCAGAGCCCCGGGGCAGACGACGCGGACAACGACCCCACCAGGACCUUCUGUCAGGCCUGCAACAUCCACUUCAGUCGCCACGACAACUACAUGGUCCACAAGCGGUUUUACUGCGCCUCCCGCCACGACCCGUCCAAUCACAGGGCCAACCACCCGGCCAAGGCCGUCGCCCCCGGCGCCGCCUUCCUGCCUCAGCCCAUCCGGACGCGCAAGCGGAUGAAGAUGUACGAGAUCCACAUGGCCAGGAGCAAGGCCUUGGCCCCCGUCUCGGCCCCCAGCGCCGUGGCCCUCAGCCUGGCCCUCAAACAGGAUGGCCGGCCCCUGGAGGCCCCCGGCCCUGGCCCCAUCCCCGGCCGGGCCCUGUCCUCCCGCAGCUCCAGCCCCGAGGGCGACGGCCCCAUCGACCUGAGCAAGAGGCCGCGUCUCCGCGAGGCCCCGCGAGGGGGCAGCCUGCCGGCCCUGCCCCUCUCCGACUACCACAAGUGCACGGCGUGCAGCAUCAGCUUCAACAGCAUCGAGAACUACCUGGCCCACAAGACGUACUACUGCCCCGCCACCACCCUGCAGCCCCACACCCUGGAGACCCUGCAGCGCCUCCACAGGCCCGUGUCCACCUCGCCCCAGACCCGGGCCCUGGACCGCCCUGAGGGCACCUCCCCCAGCCCGCAGGCCCCAGCCCUGCCCCGCUCCGAGGCCACGUCCCCCCACGUCCCCCCGGGGGCCAGGGGGAGCCAGGGGUCGCCCCCGGGGGCGUGCCCCUACUGCCCGCCGAGCCAGGCGGCGACCUGUGACCUGGUGGAGCACGUCCGCAGUGCCCGCAGCCUGGUCGUGCCCUCGCCCCACCCUGACUCGCAGGCUGCCACCCCCAGCCCCAGCCCCAGCCUCAGCCCCCGGGACGCGCCCCCCCCCGUCUCCACCGCCUAUCCCAAACUGGGGCCCAAGCCCAGCCGGGACGGCGUCAACGGACAGGUGAGGCGAGACGCCGCCUCCCCCCCCUCCCCCCAGAUGAACGGCAGCCCCGGGGGCGCCGGCUCCCCCCCCGCGGCCCCCCCCCCGGCUGUGUCCCCUGCCAGAGUGCUCUCUCUAACUGUGUCACCCGUGCCUGAGGCCCUGAGAGAGGUGGGGGUCUCUCUCCUGCUUGACAAGGUGGCUCUGGGCCACCCGCACCCCGUGCCCCCUCCCUCCCUCCCCCCCAAGCCUGCGCUGGUCUCCCCCCUGCAGAACGGGAACUCCCGCUUCUGUCGCCUCUGCAACAUCAAGUUCAGCAGCCUCUCCACCUUCAUCGCCCAUAAAAAGUACUACUGCUCCUCCCACAGCGCAGAGCACGUGAAAUGAACCGAUGAUCUCCCCAUCUCGCUUCCUACCUACCCUGUCCAUCUCCCUAUGUCAGACUGGUUUCCCCUGUGGACUGUGAAUGGAUAUGUGACUGACUGUUACUCACCUGUCUUUGACCCCCUUGCCUGGGCGCCCCUGGUUUUGUUACCAUGGUAAAUUAUUCUUAUUAUUGCUCCGUUCAUGGGUCAAAAAGUGCGUGUUACACUUAAGAUGAAUAUGCCACUCAUAUACCUACCUAACUAGCUACUUAACUACCUACCUGCACAGGUGUGAGACCACACCUCCAGUCCUCGAAUUUCACCCUCCUCCCCAAAAGUUCAAAGAAUGUUGCUCAACUCGGCUGUAGAUUCCCCCCCCGCUCCUCCUCCAAACCCCCACACACACCUUGCCCCCCUUCCUCCCACAUGCAAGUUUGAUCAAAUUGUUUAUCUCACCGUGAUCUUUGUUUUUGAUGAUGAUUGUUGAAAGCAUUUCCUGCUUGCUGUUUCCUGCUGGUGAUUUCCUGUUUGGCUUCCUGAGCCUGACACACCUGUUAGAGGGAGCAUGGCUUCCCCCGCCCUUUCCUGUUUUAAUGAUUGUGUUCAUAUUGUAUGUCUGACGUCUCCAAACGAUAUUCUUUAGACUUUGGUUGGAAACACUGGCUCUCAAGCUAGAAAAAAAGCUGAAGAUUUUUUGGGUUGUUGAAGAAAAUGGAUAUCACAAGGUUCCGAAUACCAGACUAGGUUGUGAUAUUUGCUAAAAAUUGAUAUUUUCCAAAAACAAAACUUGUCUUGGAUGCAAGAGGAGGAAAAUGUGAAAUAUUUAUCUUUGAGUCCUCUGAUUUCAUGUCAACAGAAAACUACCUACCUAGUGUCUGAAAAUAUUUGUAUUUUUUAUUUGUAUAUUUUUCAUACUGUUUGAAGGAACCGUUCAAUCUUGGUGUGCUGAAGUGUAUUUUGUAAGUGUAGAUAUGUAAUAUCUUUCACAGUAAUCACUGGGACUACACUGAAACCUAGUUUUCCUCAUUUCCUCAUCCUGUUGUUUGAACGUGUGGGUUUGGUUCACACCUCCUGUAUUCAUUGAUUAUCAUUUUUCCAGAUCAGUCCCUCUUCUACUUGUGCUUUAAACGUUUCUGGUCCAGAAAGAAAGCUCCCUUCUUCAUCUUGACCCUGACCCCUGACCCCUGACACCGUAGUCCCAUAGACAUGAAGCCCAGAGGAGACUGAAGAGAGAGAUUAUUCACUUUUAUCUCAAUAGGGGGCAGUGUGGAACCAUAUUGGUUUUACCUUUCCAGACCUAUCGGAUCCUCUGACUAGGGGCUGAUUUGGGCUUCAGGGGUUUGCUAGAUCCUGUUCCUGGAUUCUUUGGGAUACAAAAGACAUAAAUACACACACACAUGCAGGACACACACACACACACACACAUGCAGGACACACACACACACAUG